AGAAAGAAAAUAUUAUUACCCAGUUUUACAGAUAAAGAAACCCAGGCUCAGAGAAGCAUACUAUACGUCCUAAGACACACAGCUACAUUUGAAAUCAGUCUGUUUGAUUCCGUUGCUGGUGCCCUUUCUCCAAUGCCACGCUAGUGCCCAGGAUCUGAGUCCUGUGUCCCAGCUGCUGAACAUCUGCUCACACUCCAGCCCCUUCCCCAGCCCCAGGCUGCUGCUCUGUGACGGUUUCCUGCCCCUUCUCCCUGCACUGUACACAGAGAACAAAGACUCGUGCUGGCACCACAGCCAGCUGGCCUGAUUCCCCAGAAGAAAUUCCAGUGCCAGAGAAGCCCGCCUGUGCCUAAGGAAGCCCUGGGGGCCCCAGAGGAAUGGAGAAAAACGCCCACUCCCCACAGCAAAUGGGCCAGACCAGAGACUGUAUCCUGCCCACAGAGGUAACACCUGAGAGGGGUGGGAAGAGCCCAGUCCUCCCACGGGAACUCAUGGCUAGAAUCCUCACCUUGGAGCAGAAGGCUCCGCAGUGAGACAGCAGCGGAACAGGAACAUUCUCUAGUGAGAACAGUCAGGAGGUCUGGCCUGUGCUGGGAACCCAGACUCUGGAUUUCCAAACCAGCCCAGAGGUUCAUUCCCAAUCCUUACCCCUUCCUGGGAGAUGGUCCCAGCAGGUUUGGGAUGGCCCACCUGGCAUCCACAACCUCUUCCCAUCAAUGACUGUGAUCUGAGCUGGGAGAAGGGGCUUUCCCUAGGAAGGGAGAUGGGCCAGAAGGAAUAUAGGGAUGCAGAAGAUGCGGGGAGGCGGGGGGACUGAGUCACCACAAUCAUCUUUACCUGACAGCCAGGCCUUGAGGGCAGGGUUUUUCUGCUUGGCCCAGCCAAUUGGCCCCUAGGGUAGCCUAGUGGGAUGAGGCCAGUGACUGCUGGGUGGAGCUGGCUCCUCUUAAAGAGAGGGAGAGUUGUACCAGACUCAGCCUGAGCUGCAGGGCCAUGGUCAAGAUGAGAGGAAUCCUGAUCUUGGGGCUUUUGUUGGCCACUCCCAGCUGCCUUGGCUACUAUGAGGACUUGGCUAAGUGUUUCCAGGACCCUGAAUAUGAGUCUAUCCUUGUCACAGCCCAGGAGGGCCUCCACACCUCCCCAGUGCCCAAGCGCAUAGUGGUGGUGGGAGCUGGCAUGUCAGGGCUGACGGCGGCCAAGGCCCUGCAAGAUGCGGGCCAUCAGGUAACCAUCCUGGAAGCCAGCGACCAUGUCGGGGGUCGAGUGAUGACAUUCAGGAACGAGAAGGAGGGCUGGUACUAUGAACUGGGGCCCAUGCGAAUCCCAAAGUCCCACAGGUUGGUCCACACCUAUGUCAGGAAGCUGGGCCUGAAGCUAAACAAGUUCCUCCAAUACCAUGACAACACCUGGUUCCUCAUCAACAGAAAACGCUACCGCGCCAGGGAGGUUAAGGCCAACCCAGAGCUUCUAGGCUAUUCGAUGAACCCAGGAGAAAAGGGCAAGAAUGCUAUAAAUCUCUUCUACCAGUCCAUUGGCAAGCUCAAAAGCCUGAAAGAAUUAAACUGCAGCCACCUGAUGUCCUUUUAUGAUUCUUACUCCACCAAGCAGGCUUACCUGCUGAAGGAAGGGAUGCUGAGCCAAGGAGGAGUAAAGAUGAUCAGGGAUGUGAUGAAUGAGGAUGCUGGAUACUUCAAGUCCCUUCUGGAGUCCCUUCGGAUGGACAUGAUCUUCACAAGUAAUGACUUUUCCGAGAUCACCGGUGGCUUUGACCAGCUUCCCAAAGCCCUUAACGCCAGCCUGAAACCUGGCACCAUCCAUCUGGGCUCCAAGGUGGAGAAGGUAGUAAGAGAUGGGCCUGAGGUUCGAAUUUCCUACCGGACGAGAGAAACCAACUCUACCUUGCGCACCCUCACCGCAGACUUUGUCAUCAUCUCCGCCUCAGCCAAGGCGACGCGUCUCAUCACCUUUGAGCCCCCGCUCUCCCAAGACAAGAUGGACGCGCUCCGCUCAGUGCAUUAUACCAGCGCCACCAAAGUGGUUCUGGCGUGCAACGAGUCCUUCUGGGAGCGGGACGGCAUCCAGGGCGGGGUCUCCAUCACCGACCUGCCCUCUCGCUACAUCUACUACCCCAGCCACCACCUCCCCAGCGGCAAGGGCGUCCUGCUGGCCUCCUACACCGUGGACAAAGACUCCCUCUUCUUCAUAUCCAUGCAGCAGGACCAGGUGGUGGAUAUCGUCCUGAGGGACCUGGCGGCGGUGCACCAGAUUCCCAAGGAGGAGCUGCGGCGCAUGUGCCCCUCUUCUGUGGUCAAGCGCUGGUCUCUGGACCCCCUCUUCAUGGGCGCCUUCACUGAGUUCACACCCUAUCAGUUUGUGGACUAUUCGCAGCAACUUUUCCAGCCAGAGGGCCGCAUCCACUUUGCUGGCGAGCACACCUGCCUGCCCCACGCCUGGAUAGACACAGCUAUCAAGUCCGGCCUCCAGGUAGCCAAGAACAUCCAGGCUGCCGUGGACAAAGAGAUCACCGAGAGACAGAACUCUUCACCAACAGUCACAAUCAUUUCUAACCCUAAGAGAAAUCCCUGAGGGAAUCUGGCAGGAAGCAGCCUGUGAGGUGGAAGUUGGAGGCAGAGACCCUGGCGAGACUUCAGUGUUAGUUUCCCUGGCCCACAAACAGAAUCCUCCAAAUACCAGACAAAGACCCCAGCUGGCAGUUCAUCCCCUUUCCUGCUUCUCUCUCCUGCAAGCCCUUGAGAAGGGUCAGCAGAGUCAGGGUAUUUGGAGAGACAGAGGAAAAAAAAUCAAGGAUGGAAGUACUAGAAUCAGACCUUAGCUUGCAUAAUAGUAACAAGCAAAAGAGAAAGAUUUCAACAAUACCCAAAUUUCUGACAUCUACAAUUAGAAGACCCUAAAGGAACAGACAAACUCAAACCACAGCACUGUUAAAACACAGAUUAGCCACAUGAACCCACAGGGCAGCAAACCUCAUCAUUGAGUGCCUGAGCCAGGGGCCCCACAUCUCAGUUCAGCUGGAGUCAGGGUGGAUGGGAGAUAACAGUUCUUUUUUGCUCUUUUUUGAGCCUGCAAAACAGGACCUGGCUUCCUAGGCAUCUCCUGGCCCAUGGACUUUUUAUCUCUGCCCUGAUCUCCUCAUCACCAAUUAGAACUCACCUCCCUGCCUCUGCCUGUCCAGUCCACACGUCCGCCUAGGAGGAUACCAAUUACAUUCUAGAUGUUCCCUCCACACUCUGUUCCUCAUUAACACCUGCCCUGUCCUUCCAGGCCUAGCUGAAAGUGUUCUCUCUCCCCAAAUCCUUUCUUAAUGACCAAACUUAGACCCCCAAGGACCUCUUUCCUUUGAGCUACAACCUUUUCUACCUAGAGUCCUAAACAUCUGGACUGUGGAUCUUCUGGUACUAUUACCUCUUAUUUAUCCAAGUAGACAGAAGUAAAUAAAGUGGUAAACCCUCUCACUAGACAGCUUUCCUACCAGGAGGACUCAAGAUCAGCAUGAUGUCCUGAAAAUGGCAUAUUUAUAGGAAGAAAGGAUAGACGGAGGAGACAUUUUCUUACUGCAUUUGGUCCAUUGUUAAAAUCCCAGCCUACUUAAUUUGGGUUUUCUAUGUACCUCUAUAUUAGGGCUUUUUCCAAUUCAGGUGCUGGAAAUCAAACCCAAACUCCCUUAGGGAAAAGACAAUGCUUUGGCUCACAUAUCUGAAAAGUCCAGGAUGAAGCUUACUUCACCAAGACUAAUUGGGUUCAGGAACUGAUAAGUCAUCAUUAAGCUUCUCUCUUCCCACCUCUUGAUUGAAACAUGAAUAAUAUCAUAUAUGAUUCUGCUUUCCUAAGUUAGCGUCCAUAUUGGUUUGAUUGAUGUUCCCCAAAAUUCAUAUCUACCCAAAACCUGUGAAGGUGAUUUUAUUUGGAAAUAGUCUUUGCAGAUGUAAUCAAGUUAAGAUGAGGCCAUAUUGGAUUUAUAUGGUCUCUAAUCCAGUAACUGGUGUCCUGAUAAAAGGGAAAUUUGAACACAAACAUACACAGAGGGAAGACAGCCAUGUGAAGAUGGAGGCAGAUUGGAGUGGUGCAUCUGCAAGCCAAGGAAUGCCAAGGAUUGCAGAAACCUCCGAAAACUAGGAGGAGGCAUGUAACAGACUCUGCCUCAGAGGUCUCCGAAGGAACCAACCUUGUGACACGGGUCUUGAACUUCUAGUCUCCAGUGCUGUGAGAAAAUAAAUUUCUGCUGUUUUAAUCCACCUAA